UUUGAGGUUAGCUUUACUAUUUCUCUUUGAGGUUAGCUUUUCAGUUAUCUUGUUUAUUUUUUGCUAAACUUGUUCUGCCUUUGCUGAAUUUGUGUUCCGUUAUCCGUAGAAUAAUAACAUUCUGUGAUGAAAAGGUUGUCUCCAGUUCAAUUUUGAUUAGUCACUUGCGGAUUCUUCUUUUGAAAUGGAUUCUUCAGACGAAGAUGUGCCAGAUCUUAUUCCUGCAGUAUUUAAACCUGUACCUGUUACUAUCAUUACCGGCUAUUUAGGGGCUGGUAAAACUACUCUUCUUAAUUAUAUACUGACUGAACAACAUGAUAAAAAGAUAGCUGUCAUUGUAAAUGAAUUUGGUGAAGGUAGUGCGAUGGAGAAGAGCAUUUCAAUCAAGGAAAAUGAAGGAAACCUCUUCGAAGAAUGGAUUGAGUUGAGGAAUGGCUGUAUGUGUUGUUCAGUCAAAGAUAAUGGAGUGAAAGCAAUUGAAAAUUUGAUGACAAAGCGUGGAAAAUUCGAUUAUAUUUUAUUGGAGACUACAGGUUUAGCUGAUCCUGGUCCUAUAGCGAAAAUGUUCUGGCUUGAUGAAGAAUUGGGGAGUGACUUGUAUUUGGAUGGUAUUGUCACAGUAAUCGACAGCAAAAAUGGUCUUAAGCAACUCUUGGAGGAAAAAACUGAGGAUGGCCUUGUAAAUGCUUGCAUAAGGCAAAUCGCAUUGUCAGAUCUAAUCAUCGUGAACAAAGUUGAUCUCGUUCAACCUGGAGAGUUGGAAUCCCUGAAAAACGCUAUAAGAUCAUUGAAUGGGGAUGCUCGUCUUACGGAAACUGUUCGCUGCUCAAUAUCUCUGGAUGAUAUAUUGGAUUUGAAAGCAUACAGUGGUGCUGGAGUGGAAAGGAUCCAAGGUCUAUUGAAAAAUAUAAACGAAUACUCGGCACCACACAUUAGUAAGGAAGUGAGCUCGCUGACAAUACAACUGGAAUCAGCCAUAGCAAGGCCUGCCCUCGAGCAGUUUCUUCAGAAGCUACUGUGGGAGAGAGCUGUGAGAAAUAAGGCUGGCGAAACGACGGAUAUCAUCAGGUUGAAGGGUAUCGUUAGAAUACUGGAGAACGAUGAGACGGCUCUAAUGAUCCAAGCAGUUCAGGAUACUUAUGACCUCAUUGAAGUUAAAUUACCUGAAGAGAAUGUCCCCAGUGCUCUCAUUUUUAUAGGAAAAAAUUUGGAUCGUGAGGUAUUGGAGAACUUGAUUAUCAGCAGGUGACACCUCCGAAUCUUCCACCAAGGAUUAACUGUAUUUGUCAUUGCUCUACUGUCUACUCAACUACUACGGAUAGAAUUCGAAUAAACAUAUACUUUCUACUAUGUCACUUUUGCAUAUGAGUAUCAUAAAAAUAAAGCAUUUUCCCUGCUCAAUC